GCAAUCAUCGCCUUUAAAUGGUUAUGCGUUCAUAGCCGUUAUACUUUCUCUCUUGGCUCUGGAUCUUCUGUCAUCGACUUCCCCACAGCCAGUAAGCCCUGUGGACAACCUUCAAGUUCGGAACCUCAGCGCUAUUCACUUCACUCACUGCGCAGCCUACUUGCCAGUGGAGAGUUGCUUGCCCGCCGACUGGCCGAAGUUAUUACAGAACCGGCGACCUGUGCCUCAGUCCAAGGGAUGGGGUCUGAACAAACCUCUCCUUGUGGCAGGCCAUCGGGGAUCGGGCGCCAAAGCUGGCCAACCUCACGACAUUUAAUUGCUUCUGCAGAUUUGAAUUUUCAGCCAGGAGAUUCCUCAGGUUCUAUAUAUUUAUCUUCUUCCCCUUCGGCCGCACCAACUCCAUUCCAGCUAACUUCUCUGGGUGGGAAUGAGAUAGUUGGCUCGGCAAGUGGCAUGCUUCGGCUUUUACGAGCCCGCAUUCUUACAGCCGUAGGGCAGCAAUCUCAGGCUCUAGUUGAAGCUGAAGCAAUUGUUGGCUUGGUUCUCGAAGCCCUGAAUCCGGAGUAA